CCUAAGUGAUAAUAUAGUCGAUGAAGAGCCCACCAUGAAUUUUACUAUGAAAGGGAGGGAGUCCGCUUCGAAUCGUCUUCGAUUUUUGUUCUUCGACUUCACCACCACCGAAAACGCGGACAUCGAUCCACAUUGAGAAUUCUUGACGCGACGUCUCCUCGAUAAACACAUUCUCCGACGUUGAUUGUUUCAGUAUACCUGAGCAUCUACUCCUGCGAGACCUCAUCAACAUGGACGCCAGCACCAUCCAAACCAAAUUCCUCGACAAGCCCAACGAGCUCGGUCUCGUUGCGGUGGGCUUCUCAGGCGGACAAUGCAAACCCGGCACCGACGCCGCCCCCAUGGCCCUCAUCGAAGCCGGCCUCGUCGACCAACUCCGCACCGACCUCGAAUACAACGUCUUCCACGACAACAAAGUCCAUGCCUACACCGACCUCAUCCCAGCCUCCGACCCGGACCACCGCAACAUGAAGAAACCCCGCGCCGUCUCCGCCGUGACCCAACAGCUCAGCAGUCAAGUCUACGCCCACUCCCGCGAAGGCCGCUUCGUGCUGACCCUCGGCGGCGACCACUCCAUCGCCGUGGGGACCAUCUCGGGAACCGCCAAGGCCACCCGUGAACGUCUGGGGCGGGACAUUGCGGUGAUCUGGGUGGACGCCCACGCGGAUAUCAAUACGCCGGAGACGAGCGAUAGUGGGAAUAUUCAUGGGAUGCCGGUGGCGUUCUUGACGGGACUGGCGAGGGAUGAGGAGGAUCAGCCGUUUGGGUGGUUGAGGGACGAGCAUCGCUUCAGCACUACGAAACUGGUGUAUAUCGGUUUGAGAGAUGUGGAUCGUGGAGAGAAGAAGAUUCUUCGAGACAACAACAUCAAAGCGUUUUCGAUGCACGAUAUCGAUCGGUAUGGAAUCGGGAAGGUGAUGG